AUGGCCGUUGCAGCCAAUGACACUCCACAUUUCAGGACCUUAAAACGUCGGACUGAAGACACUUUCAAGUCGCAUGCUUAUGCGCGCACGGAUCAAUUCGCCGUCGCCAGCCAACUUGAAGGACUGCAGGAGAAAUUCCAAGUCCUUUGUAGGGAUGAAUUGGCUGAUGCUUUGCGUAUCCGAGUAACGGAGCUGCAAGAGCACCAAAGCUCAUGGUUCCCCGAAAUACUAUCAUUACUUCUGCAGCUGGCAGACCGCCCUGCUCAGCGGUCCAGGGUAGACCAGGUGGUGACAGCAAAGCCCAGAGAGGAAGCGAAAUCGCUUGUCUGGGAUGAAUUGGACGCCGCUGGAUCGGCAUAUUGUGGCGAGGAUAUUUGGGAAGAUGUAGAUUAUGGUGCUGAUUCCUCUGAUGAGGACCUUGCAUCGGUGUCCACUGACAGCUACCAUACGCGCAAUCAACCAGAAACGUCUGUCACAACAGAGGAAGACUACAUGAUUCCUGACGAAGUCUUCACAUCUGGAGAGAACGACGAAUUCAUUGAAUCGAUUGCUAAUGCACAAUUUUGGAGAAAUGAAGAGAGCCCGGCCACUGAAAAAGCUGGCCCUGCUUCUCAAAUUAUUACUGAGCUCCAGGUAGUAAGGGAGACUGUAUUCAUGUUGCAAGGUCUACCUACGUCUCUGUUCUGGCGAUUCGAUGGUAAUGUUGAAAUACAUCGAAGAUAUACCAUUGCAGACCUGUCGAAUGAGGCAUUCGUCUCAUUACUGCGAUCACUGAGCUCGACAGGAGCUAAACUGGAUAUCCUUAGGCAGUUUUGCAACACUCCACAGGAGAUCCCUUAUAUGCAAACGUUUCAUCGGGGCUUGGAGAGCUGUCUUAGAGAGUUCGAUUUGUUUCUAUCUAACGUGCAACACCAGUACCUUGCUCAGACAUCAAUCGUGUCCAUCAGUCUUCUGCAGCUCUCAGAAGAUGUUUAUCGGGAGUCCAGACUGCCUUUGCUGUUGUCUGACCUGGUGUCUAGCUUGAUGCCAAACACUUCAAAUACUUCAAAUACCGCUACGCAGUGUCUCGACUCACUUUAUGAUCUCGUGUGCCUGACACAAGCUGCUGGUGAUGAUGGCUUAUUUAAGGCCCUUGCCAAGUUAUUCUUCUCAUGCUUCGAAACCUAUGCACAUCCCGUCCGUAUGUGGAUGGAGAAAGGCCAGUUGGAUGAUUCUGCAGCUGGAUUUUUCAUACGCAACAGUCAAAGUGACAGUGAUCUGCGAACGCUAUGGCAUGAUUGGUACUCACUGGAUGCGAUACUCCCGAAUUCCCCGAAGUUUAUCCAACCUUUUGCGUCCAAGAUCUUCAUAACUGGCAAAAGCAUGGUUUUUCUGCGACAUCUGAAUACGUCUGAGGACGAUGAGACUCCGCGGAAGGUCUCCUUAACACUGGACGAAGUUUUACCGCCAGACUCAUCUGCGUUCUGCCUUCCGUUCUCCGUUCUACUCGAGUUUUCAUUCGGAAAAUUAGUUGAUGAAAACCAUGCCUACACUUCGGCUUUGUUAAGGACGGAGCUUGGCCAGCAAUGUGGUUUGUGGACAUCCCUUCAAGCACUGGAGUAUAUCUAUCUCGGCAAAGACAUGAGCAUUUUCGGACCGAUUGACAGCAAGAUAUUCGACCUCAUGGACAGAGGGAAAGGUGCUUGGAGUGAUCGAUUCCUGCUUACUGAAGUGGCUCAAAGCGCCUUCGGUGCUUUGCCAUUCAUCGACCCUUCCCGGCUUCUCGUUCGAACACCCAAGGAAGCACACAGCAAUGCAGUAAGCCGCAGCCGCUCAGUCAAGGUGCUAGACGCCAUAUCGUUCGACUACAUCUUGCCCUGGCCUGUAGCCAAUAUAAUCACGAAAGACACUCUUAUGGGAUACCAACGCAUCUCCACUUUCCUUAUGCAACUCCGCAGAGCAAAGCAAACGAUAGUAAAGCAGCGCUUGCAACACAACAACCAAUCUGACAAAAUUCAAGAUUCAAGGAACAACACGCUGAGCUAUGCUCUCAGACACAACAUGCUCUGGUUUCUCAACGCAAUCUACAGCCAUAUGACUGAUUUUGUCAUCUCCGCAGCGACGAAGUCCUUGCGCAGUGACCUUUCUGCUUCUGCCGACGUGGAUGCCAUGGUAGCGGCGCAUCGCUCAUUCAUGCACUCCUUGGAGGAACAAUGCCUUUUAUCCACCAACCUGAAUGCUCUUCACCAAGCUAUCAUCACAAUCCUUGACCUCUGCGUCAGCUUUGCAGACAUUCAAAACUCACGCUAUGGUGACCAUAGCCUCGAUCACGCGCGCACCGCCACCAAGAGCGCAAAAUCUAUGCAUCGCAGGAACACACAGCGCUCUGAACCUGACCUGGAUGACCCAAGCGAUGAGGACGAUGACGAUGACUCCGACUUAGACGAAGAUAACCUCGCUGCCUCGUUUCACGAAACCCACUACAUGCAACGAGUACGAGAUAUCAAAGACCAGUUCAAUCGUCUAUUAGCGUUCAUUGUGGCUGGUCUAAGGGGUGUAGGGCGUGUCGACGGCCAACUUAGUUGGGAGAUAUUGGCCGAGAAGCUCGAGUGGAGGAAGGCAAGUGGACAGCAGCAGAGUCUUAUACUGUAA